AUGGGAGCUUAUGCAAUGAGCGUCUCGAAUGAUGCACUGGAGAAUCGGGUUCUGAUUGGAGUUGAGAAAGAUGAUGAGACAAUGGCGCUGCCUCAUUUUCCUGGGAUUAGGGUUUCUAAAAGUGAAUUCGGACGGAUGUUUUGGGAUCCUAAUGGUGCCGAAUUUGAGUUCAUGAUAAAACAUUUAACAGCAGCAUCAAAUAGCUAUGGCAUGAUUAUGAAUAGUUUUGAAGAGCUUGAAUCUGUGUUCGUUGAUUACUAUAACCGCGAGGCAAAAUCAAAGGUCUGGUGUGUCGGACCCCCUUGCCUGGCUGAGCCAUCGACCAUAAAUGAAAAAACACAGAUUUCAGCGGAGCAGGAAAUAGCAAUUGGGUUGGAAGAAUCAGAGGCGAACUUUUUGUGGGUGAUAAGGAAAGAUGAAUGGGAAGUUGGGGAGGGAUUUGAAGAGAGGGUUAAAGAGAGAGGAAUUGUGGUAAGAGAGUGGGUGGAUCAGAGGGAAAUAUUGUUGCACAAAAGUGUGGAAGGUUUUUUAAGCCAUUGUGGAUGGAACUCACUGUUGGAGAGCAUAUAUGCGGGCGUUCCGAUUCUCGCAUGGCCUAUGAUGGCAGAGCAGCCAUUGAAUGCAAAAUUGGUUGUGGAGGAGAUUAAAGUGGUGUUAAGAGUAGAGAGAUGUGAUGGUUUUUUGAAGAGGGAAGAGCUGAAGAAGAAGGUGAGGGAGUUGAUGGAAGGAGAGAAUUCUAAAGAGCUGCGGAAGAAUGUGAAAGACUUGUCUGAGGCUGCAAACAAAGCUAUGGAGGAGGAGAACGGUUUGUCUUGGAGCACAUUAGAUUGGCUCAUACAUGAAGCUUGGGUCUUUCAUUUGGUUCCCCUUCCAAGUCGCUGUCGAUGCAAUCCGAAUGUGUUUAGUAAAUUCAAUAUUGAAUGA